AAAUAGGUACUAUAGAUCCAAGUUACGACAAUUUGUUUUUUACUUCGGACGAAGUCAAACAUCUCGGAAACAGGAAAACGCAGUGCUAACGACCAAAACUUCUGCAAAUAAUAUCUUCUCCUGGAGCUUUGUCAGCGUUUCCCCUUCCCCACCAAUGUAAAGAAACCUGCAAAAUAUGUCAGAAGUAAAUUUUCAUUUAAGCGGAGGAGGAGCGAGCAGGAGGAAGAAAAAUAAUAGCAACUCUAACGCCUCAUCGUCGGGAGCGGCUCUUCAUAUUGAUAUUGACGCUCCGCCAAAGGCCUGGAGUUUCGCCCCCUUUUUAUCUCUUGCAUUUAUUCUCGUCUUCUUUUCGUUGCAGUUAGUAUUGCCCGCCACUCAUUACCGCCAUCCUUUCGACCCUCAUCGCCAGUGGAAACCUUUCGCUUCCAACCCUGAAACGGCAAAUGAUAUCUCAACAAAUGUUUCAAUGCGCACUGGAGUGCUUGAAAUUGUUAACAUAUUUUCUUGGAUAGAUGAUUUGGAUAUUCGACCUCUAGCAGUUAUUGUGAAUUCCACUACAUUUAACUCCAGGUAUCCUGUAAAUAUACAUUUUCAUUUUUUUCUGCCUGAUGAUCUCGACGAAGAGCAUUCUUACCAUAAACUGAAGGUCAUUUUCCCAAAAUCAAACAUUGUUGUGCAACGGCACAAUGUUAUCAGAGAAAAGGUGAAAAAAAUAAUAUCAGAUGAUGAAUAUGAUACAUUUAAUUUGGCACAUGUUUUAGCAUUUUACAUCCCCAAGAUAUAUCAAAACAUUGGAAGGUUUAUAUACUUAGCACCGGAUGUUGUUGUAAAGACUCAACCAGUCUCAACAAAUAGCUGCACAUCUACCAACACUUCCAAAAUCAAGGAGAUUUUUAUGAAUUAUAUUGAAGUUUAUUUUUUGGAGGCAUUAAAAUGGAUCUUAUAUGACAAGAGCUUCCACGUAUGGAAUCUGAUUCAGGAUAAAGUUGAGAACCUUUUUCAAGUUGAUCUCCAAAGCUUUGCUCUUGCUGCUGUUGAAGAUUGUUCCCAAAAUUUUGGUUCCUAUAGAAAUUUUGAGGUCAUAAAUGCAAUUCAAAGAUCUGGUGCAAGGCCUUGGGUGGCCCAAGUGCCAUAUGAGAAGAACACAUGUAUUCUUGAUCUUAGUGUGCUAUUAGUUGAUGCUGGUAACCUAGCAAAAGAAAACAUUACAGAGACAAUGAAAUGGUGGAGGAAAGUGCUUCCUGCUGAAGGUGAAAGAGGGAGUCAAUCAGAUCAUCCAGUUCUCUUAGCGCUUUAUGGAAAGUACACGAGACUUGAUGGAGCUUGGAAUAUUAAGGGGUCUAAAUUUUCUGAGACGAGCAGUGAUAUAAAAAUUUUGCAUUUUGAUGGAGAGAAGCCAUGGUUAAAAGAAGCAGAAGACCAUGCAUACACAGGUAUGACUAAGAUAUGGUGGAGCUAUAUUUCUCCACUAGCAAAUGAGCUAUUGAGACACCCAAUACAUAACAAUUUGGACUGACAGCUCUAUUGUCGAUAGUUUUCUAGAAACACUGCGUUUAACUUGUAAUAUUGCUGCUCCAAAGCUUCAAUUCUUUCGUUUGAUCAACAUAGGGAGAAAUUUAGAACAUAGAAAUUUCUAUCGUUCACAAGAACUUUUACAAAAUUAGAAUGAUUUGAGAAAGAAGAAUGUGUUAAACCAAAUUUUCCUCAAAUGAGCAGUGAAGUUGCAGCCACAUAGAUAAUGCCAUUUAAGAAAAAAAACCAAGAGUGGUCUUUGCAUGCAA